AUGCCAAGCUCAUUAUCCUCCCACGUGGAAGCAGGUUUGUCUGCGGCUGCUGAUAACCAACCCAGUGCUAGAGCGGCGGCACGAGUCGGUAGCUCUCUGGAAACAACUCCACCCACCAGUACGGCGACCCUUACUCCACCGGAAGAUCCUGCGAAUCCCAUUGUUCCUACAGCACCUGCAGAAACCACCAAAAUGGCGGAAGCAAAAGCAGGACUUCCCGAUGCUGCGAAAUUGAUGAUUGGAGCUGGAGGUAUCUAUGGUGCAUUCUUGUAUUAUGGAUCCCUUCAGGAGGACGUUUUCCGCUACACUUCUGUAGAUGGAAGUUCCUUCAAACAGGCAUGGUUCCUGCAGGUUUUGGAGGCACUCGCCAACGUGAUUAUUGGAUUUGCCGGCAUGCAAGUGACCGGACCCACAAAGGGAAUCCCAUUGAAGUAUUUUGGAAUCUCGGGAGCCGCCCAAGUUUCGGCCAAGGCUUGCACCAGUCUGGCACUAGCCAAUGGACUUAGUUUCCCCGUUGCGACUUUGGCCAAGAGUGGAAAAAUGGCUCCCGUCAUGGCGGGUUCCUUGUUGUUGGGAGGAGCUUCCUACACCGUCCGUGAAUACUUGCAAGUUGCUGCCAUUAUUGGAGGUACCGCCGUUGUUUCCAUGGGUAAGAAGAAAGGAAGUGGCGCGCCCAGUUCCACCAUGGGUGUCGUGUACAUUGUCCUGUCGCUCGUCUUGGAUGGUGUCACGGCAGGAUUCCAGAAACGUCUCAAGACUGAUACAGCACAGGCAGGGGUCAAGCCAAAGCCUUAUGAUUUCAUGUUUUGGACCAACCUAUUCAUGUGCCUGACAGCGAUCGUCAUUGCAGGGGGACUCGGAGAACUCAACUCUGGAAUGGCAUAUUGCGUCGCCAACCCAGAAAUAUACAGCAAAAUCAUCAAGUUUGCCAUUUGCUCGGCAGUGGGACAAUCUUUCAUUUUCUAUACCAUUGCCAACUUUGAUCCACUCGUCCUGUCCACGGUGACCACCACACGCAAGAUCUUUUCCGUCCUCUUGUCCAUCUUCCUCAAGGGACAUGCACUCUCCCUCACGGGUUGGUCGGGUAUUGGUUUGGCGUGUGCAGGAAUUCUUUCCGAAUUGCAGAGCAAGACAAAGGGGAAGUCACACGCUCAUAAAUCCUAG